GGGCGGGCGCGGGCGAGGAGUCCAGGUCCGAGGGGAUACUUACAGCUUUGAAAUUCCAACUUGCCGUGGAGGCGUGCGCGGCUGCGGUUUAAAUUGCCGAAGAAAGUGAGCAGUUUUGCUUCAGCAAAUCUUCGCAAACGUCUCCCUUUUGACUUGAGCCGGUGCCAUGGUCAAAUAGACUGGCCGUGGCGAGACUGGCCUACGGCUGAGGUGAUUUGGGGGAGCGCGAGAGGGGCGCGCCAUGUUCCCCCCCAGCUCGGGCUGGGGGUUCGGCUGCCUCCGGCUCAACCAGCUCCGAGUUGGGGCCGGCGGAGCUGCCCGGCCCUGGGCGUGUCGGGCUGGCCCGGCCCGGCGGUACCGCUCUGGUGGAGGCGAGCGCCAGCCCGGGUCCGAGCCCGCGGUCUCUCCGCCAGGCCUCGCGCACCAGACUCUGAAGGAGUGGGCGCUGCUGGUGAGCCCCUUCGGUCGGCUGCGGGCGCGGCUUCCGUGUCAUUUGGCCGUAAGGCCCCUGGACCCCCUCACCUACCCAGACGGCGACCGCGUGCUGGUCGCUGUGAGAGCAGCGGAGGGCGGGGCACGGGACCUGGCGGGCCUGCAGGUGAAGUACGACGAGGCGCUGAAGGAGGUAGCCAUCGUGUGCGACACCAUCGACCCCCAGGCGUCCGUGGAGGUGAACGCGCCCCUGAAGUUUGAUUUGAAUAUCAAGUCAUCAGGUUCUGGCUGUGUAAAAAUCCAAAAUAUUGAGUGUGAGAAUUGCAAAAUUGAAACUGAGCAGGGGACUGGCAUCUUACAGUCUGUUAAGAGUCAAAAAUUAUGUGUUCAAACAAAAGGAGGCAAAGUGAUCUGUCUGGGAACAGUUUAUGGAAAUAUAGAUAUUCGUGCAACAGAUAAAAGUACUGUGACCAUAGAUAAACUGCAAGGAAGUACUGUUAAUAUAACUGCUGAACAUGGUUUGCUGGAAGCCAAGUAUCUUUAUACAGAAUCGUCAUUUCUAUCUUCUGCUGCUGGAGAUAUUACAUUAGGAAGUGUUCAUGGUAAUAUAACAUUACAAAGCAAGAUGGGUAAUAUCACAGUAGAUUCAUCCUCUGGAUGUCUAAAGGCCUCAACUCAUCAGGGUGCAAUAGAUGUUUAUGUCAGCCAACUAGGGAAAGUGGAGUUGAAAUCCCAUGAAGGCUCUAUUCUUGUCAAGGUUGCAUCUUCUCUUCAGGCUCAUUUACAGCUAUCAGGGAAAGAGGUUGAUGUGAACUCAGAAGUCCAUGUUCAAGAAAUGACUGAAGUUCACAAAGAUGAUGGUGUAAUAAUUACUGGAGAUGUUUGCACACCCAUGUUCACAACAGCAUUCCUCACAGUAGCCAAAAGAAAAACUGUUGGGUGCAGGUACCUCGAAAUUGUGACCUACCAAAUGCAGCACGGGCCAAAAAGAAGAACAUUUAAAUUGACUGAACCCCUUAAUAAUGAAGAGUUGGAGGGAAAAAAGAAGCUCCCAUGAAAUAACAAAAUUCAACCGGGGCUCAUGAAUCAAGCAAGCAAAGAUGAAAAAUGGAUUAAGGCUGACGCCCCAGAAGGCACUGUAAAAUUUAGAAGUCAAAGCUGGUUUCAGUCCCUGAAACUGCAGGAAUAAGAAUGGUUUGAGUUGUAUUUAUAAUUUUUAACAAUGAUUAGCAGAUCUGUGACUACAAAAAUGCAAAUACCACAGUUCAUAUAAAUGUUGAAAACAACAAAUUGGAAUGAAUACUGGUGAAUUGUCUUGUGGGGGCCUUUUGAAAAUUUGUACUUAGCUAUUCAUUUUCUAUUGCCCUGUAAUGAAAUUACCACAAACUUGCCAACUUAAAAUCACACUUAUUUUUAGCUCACAGUUCUGUAGGUCAGGAGAUCUGCAUGGCUAGGUUCUCCGCUCAGGGUGGACAAGGCUGGACUCAGCAUUAACCAGGCUGUGUUCUCAUCUAGAUGCUCUGGGGGGGGGGAAUCUUUCAAGCUUGUUCAUAUUGUUGGCAAAAUCCAGUUGCCUGGGAUUACUACUGAGGUCUCUGUUUUCUUGCUGUCCGUCAGCAAUCACUCUAAGCUUCUACAGGCCACUCACAUUCCUUCUCAUUUGGCCCUCUCCAUCUUUAAGCCAACAAUGUUGCAUUUAAUGCUUCUAUAUCUGAUCUCUUCUGCAACCAGCUGGAGAAACUGCUUUUAAAGGGCUCACUUGAUGUAAUCAGGCCUGCCCAGAAUAAUCUUUGUUUUGCCAUAUAAUGUAACAUAAUCAUGGGAGUGCUAUCUCAUCAUAUUUAUAAUUUCCAUUUACACUCAAGAAGAGGCGAUUAUACAAAGGCAUAACUAAUGGGGGGGGCAGUUAUCUUAGAAUUUCUUGCACCAUAGCUCUCUCAUAACACAUUUGCUACUUAGAACUUCUUAUGACAUCAGUGUAAAUUUAAGCUGUGAAUAAAACACAUCUAAAAUGUGAUGCAUGUGCUACUGAGUCUUAAUUUUUUUUUGUAUAAUUUAAAAUAUAAUGCAUUGGGAAGAGGAGAGACAUUCAGUGAUAUAGCCUCCUGUAUGAAGAUUGAUUUUCACUUUUACAAUAGUGUACUGUAUAAGGUUAUUUCCUGAAUUCUCUUUCAGACCUUACUUGUCUGCUUCUGGGGCAUUUAACGUAUACAAGACUGAAUAGAUCUAUCUUUUGGAUUACGUUUUUUAUGAUUAGGAUAAAUCGGUUCUUAAUGCUUUCUAAUAAGCCUUCUCAAAUACUAUGAUUUAUAAUAAUCCGUUUGUUAAUAUUUUAUUUAUUUAGAGUUCUACUUUUAACUUUAUAUUUACGAAACAAAAAGUAAACUUUGUGGAAUAUCUCAAAGUCUCCUUGGGUGCCUGGGUGGCUCAUUCGUUAAGUAUCUGCCUUCAGCUCAGGUCAUGGUCCCAGGGUCCUGGGAUUGAGCCCCACAUCGGGCUCCCUGCUCAGGGGGAAGCCUGCUUCUCCAU